AUGAUUGAUCCAACUCUUGAAGGUGAUCCCGCCGACAAUCCAACUGAUGGCGCGGGUCCUUCCAUUUUGGAUGUUGCUGGUAUUUCUGACAAGACAGAAAGACGCAACAAAGAGGCUGAACAGCUUCAAAACGAGUUUGAAUUGCAUGCAAAAUCCAUGCAAGAAAUCCAUAAGAAAAUUGUCUCCAACCGAUCGGCAUCAAAGGCCUUGAACAACCUUGCCAAGAAUACUACAAAAAACAAAAAGGCUAAGGAUCGAUUGAGUACUCAGCGACGACCUCACCAACCAAUCAGCGGCGAGGUCAAGAAGCUAAUUGAAAAUGAAAUCUUUGAGAAUAACAAGACGCAAAUUGAAGUCGCUAAAUCGUUUGGCGUAUCAGACCGACAAGUCCAUCGCAUUGUUGAUGACGCUCGCAAUGACAAACCAAGUGCAUCAACCAACCGACGUGGGGCAAAAUCAAAACUAACGACUGACGUCAUCACCCCGAUUCUGUUGUUGCUCAAGGAGACCCCAAGCACCACACUCAAAAAACUUGCCGAACAUGUCAAAAGCGAAUUUGAUAUCCAAGUUACACCAGCAGCCAUCCAGAAGACUCUCAAAACAAUCGAAGUGACUUGGAAGACUGUCACUCCCAUUCCACAAAAGUGGAAUGAGGCAGCAUUCCUCCAACAACGACACAAUUAUGUCUUGAACUGUGUGACCAAUGUUGGACAGAAGCUCAUCUUUGUUGAUGAGUCUGGUUUCAACUCUGAGACUCGUCCUUUGCAUGGUUAUGCGUUAAGUGGAAAUGCGGCUGCUUUGAAGACAAAUGUGCGAGGGAGUAUGAUCAAUCUCAUUGGUGCAAUGUCUGAAGAGGGGAUGCCAUACUACGAACUGCUUAACAAAGACGGGAAAAAAAGACUGGAACAACUUCACUCGACAUAUCCAAUCACUGGCAACAUCAUCAAAGACCCAGAAAAAAAUUUCAGGUUCCCUGAGUACUAA